AUGAUCUCAAUUGCCACUGCUCUGAGUUUUGCCCACAAUGGGAUGUACAGUCUAUGUGCUGUUCCAUGGAUUUACGCUGUUUAUUCCUUCGCGGGUGCUCACAUGGUCCUAAACCUCCGAAUCGCAGGAGACAAUGGGGCCGCAACCGAGCACUUCAUCCUCAGCAGCCUUGAAGCCCGCCGAGGACCUGGCGAGAAGUCUGGUGGAGAAGCAUCAACUACGAUUGACGCCUCAAGCACGGGUUUCACUGGAACCACGGGAACUCGAUUCACAUAUGCCUACUAG